GUGGGAGACAGAUAGUGGCAUUUUGCUUUUGCGUGUUGUGGGGCAGUUUUACAGUUAAGGGCGAUGUUUUUAUUUCAUUUCUGAAUAUAAACGAUCCAGUACACCGUGCUACUUCCUUGUUGUACAUCAUGCUUGGGGGUGGAUUCAAAGCAGAGCGACUUCGUGUCAACCUUCGGCUGGUCAUGAACCGGCUCAAGCUCCUGGAGAAGAAGAAGACGGAGCUAACGCAGAAAGCACGCAAGGAAAUUGCAGAUUACCUGUCCACGGGGAAGGAUGAGCGAGCACGUAUUCGUGUGGAGCACAUCAUCAGAGAAGACUACCUGGUGGAGGCCAUGGAGAUACUGGAGCUUUACUGUGACCUGCUGCUCGCACGCUUCGGACUCGUACAGUCCAUGAAGGAAUUGGAGCCAGGGUUACAGGAAGCCGUCUCUACUCUGAUCUGGGCAGCCCCUCGUAUGCAGAGUGAAGUCGUUGAGCUCAAGAUUGUUGCAGAUCAGCUGUGUGCCAAAUACAGCAAGGAGUAUGGCAAGCUUUGCAGGUCAAACCAGAUAGGAACUGUCAAUGACAGGCUGAUGCACAAACUGAAUGUAGAGGCACCCCCAAAGAUCCUGGUGGAGCGUUACCUCAUUGAGAUUGCGAAGAAUUACAACGUGCCGUAUGAACCUGACUCUAUGGUCAUGGGCGAGGUCCCUGCAGGUUUGGAAGCUAAUCUCAUUGAUGUCUUUGAGACGAAGGGGGGGCCUGGAGGAAGAGGUGGUGGUGGGGGAGGUGGGGGAGGUGACUUCACUGUGCCAGCGGGUGCAGUGCCCAUGCCAAUGCCCAUGCCUUCACCACAUGUUCCAUUCAACUACCCUCAACCCAAAGGACCUGCAAACUUCAGUGGCCCUGAAGUUGGCACCUAUGAGAGUUUUAACAACUUCCAGCCUCCAGUGCCAGGAAUGCAGCCCCCACAGCUACCCAGCUGCGCCCCAACUUAUGAGUUUAUUGAUGAUCUCACUAACAACACCGCUGUUCCUUCUCCAAAGGCUACUGGUCCCUCUCUGACCUACGACAACACUGUUCUCCCAGAACUCCCCUCGGUUCCUGACACACUUCCUGCUUCCUCUUUUGGUGGAAACUCUGCUCCCUCUGAGGAUAUCGACUUCGAUGAUCUGUCACGCCGCUUUGAGGAUCUCAAGAAGAAAACAUAGACAGCAUUGCGCCACCUGCGUGCUCGACUGUCUCGCUACUACUGCUCCUAAUUGGGGGGUGGGUGGGGAGAAACAUGGAAUCAUAAGUUAAGAAGGAUUGCUCUUCACCAGUCCUGCAGCAAAUGUGUAUUACCAAUACUUUCCAUUCUUAAAAAAUAUCAAAACCUAUUUAUCAUCUUUAAACUACUGAAGUAGAAAUAAGACCGAUUUGGCAUGAAAAAACAAAAAGCUAUUUUAUUAUAAUUUUUUUAAUCAGACAGGACUUGGACUUUUUAAAAUGUUAAAUUGUAUGUGUUAAAAACCCUGUACAGUUCAUCCUAUUUCUAAUGUAACGGAGCGAGUGCCUGUCUUUUGAGAGGGUUAGCAGUAGAAGUACAUGACACUUGAAACUUUAAAGACUUUUUGAUUAAAAAUGUAGCUUUGUUUCUGUCACUCAAUCAAGAUGUCAUGGCACUAUUAAAGUCCAAAGCUUUUUAUAGAAAGAGUGAUAGAGUGAAAUAAGAGAAAACCAAACACUCCAGAAAAUAUAUCUAAAUAUCCCAUGUCUCAUAUGGACCUUUUUAAUCUCACAAAUCAUAUUUCUCCCUGUCUGAAAGUGCACACAGGUGCUUUUCAUAUCUCAUUAGCCUGUACAGAACUCUGUGUGCCAGGUAGAGUCAAGUUAGAAGUUAAGGUUAACUGUUUUAUACAGGCUGCAUUAAUUGGAACAAUAAGGACAUUCGUGGCUUUUUAAUUAAAACACACAGGACUGUUCUGUUGUGGUAAUGGAUUUUAUAUUCCACAGCCUGUGGUACUGUAUAACUGGUAAUAGCCCACUGUUAUGAACUGUCUUGUUUCUUUAGAUUGGGGGGGGGGGGGGGGUAAAAAAUUUUAAAAGUUUUUUAAUUCAAACUAUUGCUGAAUGAAUAUGUAUAAAGACAAACAAUGUGGUAUUUUGCUUAAAAAAAAAAGAAAAAGAAAAAACUUUCUAAACUUCAAUAAGGGGAAAAACCUAAUGAGGGAAAUGUUUUUCACCUGUGUCUGUUCAAAUCUGUAAAACACUAAUAUGACUUUAUGGUGAACUGCUCUGUCUAAACUGGGCAGUUUUUCCUUAGGAUUAAUAACUUGUGAAAAAUGUAACUAUUAUAUAGGAAACUUAUGAUGUGUAUCUUAAAAUUGAAUCAUGGGUGUAAAUUCACAUGCAUCCAUCAUAGGAACAUCUGAAAAGAAAGAUUAACUAAUGAGUUGUUUAAUAUGAGAGAUUGGCAAGCAGGAGGCUGUUCACAAAGAUUUUACUUUAAUAUUAUAAUCUGUUGACAACUUGUUAACUGUUGGCAACAACAGUAUAAUUGAUUAGACUUUUAAAAAAAAACAUUACGCAAGCUAAAGCUUUGUGAAUUGGAUCUACAAAUGCUAAUAGGAUAAAUCUGAUUUACAAUGUAUUCAUUGAGUUUGUCUUUGCGUUAUUAUGAUGUAUGUAAGUGGCCUUUUCUGUUCUGAUGAUCAGUUAAAAGGGUUUCAAAGCAGUCAUGAGGACUUGUGUUCGUUCAUGUGUUUAUACCCCUCUGUGUUUAAGUAGGACUUUUAUUUGUGUGUUAAUCAGAUUGAAGGGUGUGUUUAUUAAUUCUGAAGUAUAAGACCAUUUUCUGGGGGUGUUUUGAAAAAGUCUGAGAAGUAAUGUCGUACGAUUAUGCAAUAAACCGAUUGGAAGUGGAGCAGUA